AUGGACGCCACUGCUCUUUACCUUCGCCUCCACGCAACCUCGCCCAAAGGGGUACCGUACAAGGACAUGUUCAUCUUCAUCUCCAUCCGCCACCCCCUGUAUUGCCUGGUUUCUCUGGAGAUUGCUGGAAGUUAUGUUGGAGAACCCGCACGACCCCAGGGUAAACCGCAUCGUCGUGGACUGGCCCUCACCUUGUCUAAAGGGGACGGUCCUCCCCCCCCAAGCAGAGUUCCUCAACCUGGUGAACCGGUGCGGCGGACGUCCUGA